AUGGGGGAGGAGAUCGAAUUCUGUCUUCUCUUCGCGGUGAGGGUCUUAGAGGGGGGGUCCGUCGUCUCCCGUAAGGGCCAGGACCGUAUCCUCGGCUCUGAAAGGGAGGAGUUCGAGAACGGCGACGAUAAUCGGGCGGCGAGCGACUUCGUGGCCGACCAUAUCCUCGAUCGGAGGGCACCCAGGUAUCGGCACGCGGACGAGAGCGAUUUCGCGGUGGUGAACGUCGACGACUGUCGUAGCCGCCGCGAGAAAGUGACCGGCCAGGUCGGUCGGCUGGCCGGUAACUUUCUCCUCCUCGGCGGUCGUCAAAUCUGCAGGGCUUAUUAG